AUGACAUUGUACAGCCUCCUAUUGCACCUCUUUAUACUCAUUGGACCCUUUGCUGCUGGGGCAAUUGUUAUUGUCAACGAGCAGCAUCCUCUCCCGAAGACCGGUAAUAGUAUCUGGAACACCCAAGACGAUGUACAGAAAGCGCUCCAGGAUGCCGAAAUCAUCCCUACUGUCAUUGACGAUUUUCUUCCUUCACUUUUGAUGAACGCCACAUGGUCUUCCCAUCAUCACACUCACGCCGACCUUGGCAACACCCUCGAACCUUCCCUGCUCGAAUCAGCCCCUUCAGUGAAACUGAUGGCAUCCAAGCCUACCCUCUGGAAGAAAGGCGUUACUUACGUUAUCGCCAUGACGGAUCCGGAUGCUCCAUCGCGCGAUGAUCCGAAAUGGUCCGAGUUUUGCCAUUGGAUCGCAAUAGGCGUGCCGACCUCAUCUGGGAUUAGCCCUACCUUUUCUGAUGAGAUCAUGGGGUACAAGCCUCCAUCACCGCCCGAGAAGACUGGGAAACAUCGGUAUGUUCUGUUGGCAUUUGCCCCUGCCAACGGUACUACUGAAAAGCUGCACUUGUCGCGGCCGAGUGCAAGAAAGCAUUGGGGAUAUGACGUUGGCAAUGAUGGAGACAAAGACACGAAAGGGGUGAGAGAAUGGGCUGCAGAGAAUGGGCUUGUUCCUGUUGGUGCCAAUUUCUUCUAUGCUCAAAACAAGAAGCACUGA